AUGCCUGUGGCGACUGCACCAUCACUGCCUGAUCUUACCACUCCCCCCGUCGGAUCGUUAGACAUCAUCACACCCGCAGAAUCAGCAGCAGCAACAGAUGGUAUACAGUCACUUCCCCCUCCUUCUAAUACUAAUACUAAUUCUAAUACUAAUACUAAUGCUAGUACUACUGUUGGGGGAGCGGGUAAACCUGAGAAAGGCGGUGUGGCUGUGGCCCCCGCGGAGCGUGAGCGGCAAAUCAAACUUGGGCUUCUGCUUGUUCGCCUCGGUGCAGCAAAAGAGAAUCACGUCUUUGGUGCACGCGGACUGACAGUUCCACCACGCGAUCUUCUCGUCAUUCACCGACCGGAGGAUGAUGCACAUAUGCGGCGACCGUUUAGAUGGUACAACCCGAUUUCGUGGUUCUUUAGUGGCCCAAGACCGUCUCCUCUGCGGUGGAGCACAGCCGCAGGAUCAAUCACGACAAGCUCUGCGGCACUAACAACCCCAAAUUUAACCCCCACUACCACCACCACCACAGCAACAGCAACUGCAACUGCAACAGCUGAAGCUGAAGCAGCAGCUAGUAUGGAGAAGUUGAAGCGGAAGACACGUCCUCUUCCGGUUGUUCAAAUGGAACCAUUAAAGGAUGAUUCAGUUUUAGAGUCUGUGGUACGGGAGGAGCGUGCGAAGUUGUUAAAGGCCGGGGAAGCAUUGCAUAGUACACUUGACAGCAUUGAGGAAACCCGCUACGCAUAUCUGGUCCCUUCACAUGAACUUCAAUGUGAGAAUGAAGUGAUUUCAGUUGUCCAAUGCUACGACAAGUAUAAUGCUGCAGCACACAGCCGAAGAACAGCCAAAGCAAAGACAACGGAUGCAUCGUCAACGUCGAAUUUGUCAAUGGAGUUGCCGGUUGAAGCGGAUGUCUUGCAAUGUGCGCCCGUGGUGGAGUUGUUAAAAAAGUGUGCAGAGGGCAUGGUUGCCGCAUACAGUGAAGCUGAUGAUGAUCAGUAA